AAAAAUUGUCGCUACCAUAAACAAUUUCCUUCAAACUCAAUUUCUAGUUUGUUGCACGUAAUCUUUAUUUACAAUUUUCUUGAACAUAUUUAUCAUAAAAAUUCUACAUUUUCUUAAAUUAUGUAAACAAAAUCCAACAGUUGGAGACAGGGACCCGGUGGCUGUAAACUAGUAACACUGGGGUUAUCUGUGGAAGGUCAACAAAAAAUGUUGUGAGGGUAUAUUGUGUGUGGAGGAGGAAGUAAAGUUAAAAAAAAAUGGUGCCUGAUCCGAGCCCGUUUACGUGGGACUACUGGCAGACUACGCCAGCAGAUUGUGUGGAGCUCACAUGCCUGCUACCAAACUCUGUUUACAUUCCCCUGAAAGUUACCUGGGAUUCCACUCUUCAAGACAUCAAGGAGGAUUUAUGGGAGAAUGCAGCCAAUUUCCCCUUAUUUGGCAUGCUUCACGAAAGUUCCUGUUAUGUAUUCCAAUUUGUCAACUCUCUGGCGGUGCUCGAAGUGAUAGAUGAUGAGGGCAAAAGGCUAAGAGAUGUGAAGCCAGUAUGCGGAGUUCUUAUGAUCAUAGAGAGGUCUGUGGACCGGCCUGGCGAGCAUUUACUCAACACACAAAUCAGUCAUUUGAUUGGAAAAGGUUUGAAUGAAUUCGAUGGACUAAGAAGCAUGGAGGUGAACGAUUUUCGCGCCCAAAUGCGAAACUUAGCUGAAGAAAGUUUAAUGAAGAGAAUGCAAAGUUCAUGGUUGGAACGGUUAAAAUAUCAGUGCCCACCGAGACUAGCCGACCAGUCAGUGCCGACUGCACUUAGGAGUAAAUUAAAUAGGAAUACAUUUACGCUUACAACAAGAUUUGCUAAUUCAGAGGAUUCCCAAUCCCGAUCGGUGCCCGUGACGCGGACGCCUCAGCAGCACAUAGAGAAGGUCAUGCACCCCCAGGUGUUGUCUCACAACUACGUGCUGAAAGUGAUCGGGCGUGAGGAGUACCUGUUCGGGGACUACCCGCUGAUCCAGUUCCAGUACGUCCAGGACAUGCUCGCGAAGGACUCCGUGCCCGAAGUCAUGCCCGUCAACGUCAACCAGCUGAGGUUUCUGGAUACUCAAAACUUCUACAUCCGCGAACAGAGGCGGUCUACCAACGAAAACCAGAACACGAUAAGGAGGAGAGCCAACAAGUCUUCGUGGGAUAUAGACAUGAACUACACGUGUGUAGUGCAGACUGUGGGAGGGCUUAACGUAGACCCGGGGCGGGAGGUGAUAUGUCAAGCUGGUAUAUUCCACGGUGGCAAGCCAUUGUGCGAGGUGCAGAAAACUCGGCCGGCCUUCGUGACGUGCGCGGGAGACGCCAAAUGGGAACAAGACUUGAGGUUCCCGAUCAAAGUGAACGAUAUACCGCGUAUGGCGAGACUAUGCUUCGGAAUAUUCGAGAUUGAAGCGAAGAAUCUGAAGAUUAAGAAGAAGGGGAAGGAUGCGGCUAAGGAUCCAAUCAACAAACUAGCGUGGGCGAACAUAAUGAUAUUCGACUACAAAGAUCAACUCAGAACGGACAAAGUGACACUGUUCAUGUCCACCCACGUGGCAGACGAAACUCAGGACGAUCAGGUGUUACAUCCGCUGGGAACUGUGUUCUCCAACUGUAAGACUGAGUCCGGGGCGGAGCUGCAAGUGAGGUUUUCAAACUACGACUGCCAAUACCCGAUCCUGUUCCCGAAACAGGAUGAAGUGAAAGCGUACGCGGAGACGGUCAAGACAGUGUCGCCCGAUGACGUCAUGGCGCGUCUGCACAGGAACUUUGAGAGGCUCAGUGCUACGGCCGAGAAGGACCCCAUGUAUGAUAUGCAUGAACAGGACAAAAAGGACAUUUGGGAGUUGAGGAGUUUCUUCCAAACCGCCGCGCCGCAGCUGCUGCCGCGCCUCCUGUCGUGCGUGGAGUGGGGGGACCGCGCGGAGGCUGCGUCGGCGGCGCGGCUGCUGGCGGAGUGGCCGCGCGCCCUGCCAGUGGAAUCCGCGCUCGAGCUCCUGGACUAUGCGUUCGCGGACACAGCCGUGAGGAGUUUUGCGGUCAGCUGUUUGGAGAAUAUCAGUGACGACGACCUCCUUCUAUACCUUCUUCAGCUAGUUCAAGCCUUGAAACACGAGUCUUACCUGAUGUGCGAUUUGUCCGUGUUCCUCCUACGGCGAGCCUUCAAGAAUAUGGUCAUCGGACACUACCUGUUUUGGCAUUUACGAUCUGAAAUGAACAUGCAAUCUGUAGCCGUGCGGUUUGGGUUGCUGCUAGAGGCGUACUGUCGCGGAUGUCAGGAGCACAUCAAUAUAUUGCUGAGGCAAAUUGAGUGCUUGGACAAACUCAAAUGGGUUAGUCAAAACGUUAGAAAAAUGAAGGAAAUAGGCAAAGCGAAGAAAUAUCUACAAGAGCAGCUUCAACAACAGCACUGUGUAGACAUAUUGAAGGACUUCGUAUCUCCUCUCAACCCUAGUUACGUGUGUAAGAAAGUCAGGCCGGAAGUGUGCCGCGUGAUGGACAGCAAGAUGCGCCCGCUGAUGGUGACGUUCGAGAACGUGGACCCGUACGGCGCCGACAUCCGCAUCAUCCUGAAGAUAGGGGACGACCUGCGGCAGGACAUGUUCACCUUGCAGAUGUUGCGCAUCAUGGACAGACUGUGGAAGAGUCACGGAUACGAUUUUAGAUUGAGCCUUUACAACUGCAUAUCGAUGGAGAACGAAGUCGGUAUGAUCGAGGUGGUGGAAGACGCCAAAACGAUCGCUCAUAUACAGAAGAACAACGCGCCUUUCAACGCGGCGUCCACCAUCAAACGGGGUAGUUUGCUGCAGUGGCUGAAGAAGAAGGCAGAGGAAGCCCAAGAGCACCACAACGAGGCUUUCAACAAGGCAGUGGACGAGUUCACCAUGAGCUGUGCCGGGUACUGUGUGGCCACGUAUGUGCUGGGCAUCGCGGACAGACACCCGGACAAUAUUAUGCUGAAGAAGAACGGACAGCUAUUCCACAUAGACUUCGGCCAUUUUCUCGGUCACUUCAAACACAAGUACGGCAUCAAAAGGGAACGGGUGCCGUUUGUGCUAACGCACGACUUCAUACACGUCAUCAAUAAGGGCCAACGCGGCACCGGGGACAACGAGCCUUUGGAGUUCAAGAUUUUCAGGGAACACUGUGAGACGGCCUUCAAGAUCCUCCGCAAGCACGGGCACCUGAUCCUGUCGCUGUUCUCCAUGAUGAUGUCCACCGGCCUCCAGGAGCUCAGCUCCGAGAAGGACUUGCAGUACCUCAGGGAGACUCUCGUGAUGAACCUGUCCGAAGAAGAAGCGAUGGCCCACUUCAGAUGGAAGUUCGACGACGCCAUAAAGAAUUCCUGGACCACUUCGAUCAACUGGGCUUUCCACAACAUAGACAAGAACAACUGACAGUGGCCCGUCGGCCGGCGCCUUAAGAGACAGGCGCCGAAACACGCGCCGCAGACUUUGUAAACCUUAACAUCAUGGGUGUAAGGAUCAUUUUUGUACUGCCAACAUCGGUAUGUCAAAACUUUGAUAUAGAGUAUAUUGUUUUACACAUAUUCCGCAUAAUACCAUUUUACGCAGACAUUGAAAAUUUAACGUCGAGGGUUAAAUAAAUUUACGACUAAACGUUGUAGAUUCUUACGCUAGGGUUCAAAGAUAUAGAACGUAAACUCAAAAAUCGAUCGGUACUAACGACAAUUGUUAUGUUAAAACUUCGAUUUAAUAAAUACACUGUGUUUUAUCUAGGUAAAGAAUAGCUCGAAGUGUAAAGCUUACAGCUUACAUCGGAACAAUGAAAGUUCUUUACCCGAGUUUUUGCCCCAGGGUGUAGAGUAUAUUAUGUAUUCCUUAUAAUAUUGCUUUACGCAAAAAAUACGAAUUCGUAACGGUGAAAGCGUAGUCUUAUUGUACUAACUACGUCAGUUAUGUAAGAUUUCAGCAAAAUACUCUUUUAAGGAGACUUUAUGACGUAACACAAUAAAGCAAGAACCGCCUUAAGAGGCAGAGCAAAUUUUACACACUAACUUCAAGGGUGUAUGGUUCAUUUUUGAACGGUCUACACUUCAGUAACUUUUUUACGGGAUAAAGUGAGACCUUAAAUUGCAAAAAAUGAAAAUUAUCGGGCAUAGAAACAUUUUUAAGCAGUCAUUGUAGACUUUAAACAUCAAAGCUUGAAUAUUGUUCUGCAUACUUCAGUAUCUUUAAUUUUCUUUAAAAUAAUUUGUGUUCUUCGCAAAUAUUAUAAAUUCUUACCACAACGCGUGUUAUUAGUACUGGACGAUUGGUAUGUAAAAAAUUAAAAUACGCUAUUUUUAGUCAGAUGUCGCUAAAAGUAUUAACGUUUAAACAUAGUGAAACCUUUGUAAGUUUAUAUUGAACACCUGAAGUAGAAAUUACAACACUCUACUUAAAUUUACAACAAAGUUAACCCAAAAUCGUACCGAAUUUACGCCGAUGACAAAAUGUGUGGGGAAUACAAAAGUGGUGUUCUUGUCCACAUUUUUUGAAAAUAAGAUUAAAAAAAAAAUUGCAUAAUAAUGUGGGCUAUGCCUGCUUUUUUUUUUAAAAUUGAACAAUAUUUUUUUUUAUUACAUACUAUGUAUAUUUUGUUACUGGCCGGAUACGAACCAGUUUUGGAAAAUCUUAAUGUGGAUGGGACAGGAUAGUUUAGUAAGACUGAUAGUUAAAUACUAACAAGGAGGUUGGCUUAUCGCGGCGCCAUUUUUUAAUCCAAUUUUGUUUCGUUUUAAGAAUAUUCUUGAUUCUGAGUGAUGGCCUUGCAAAAUAUCAUCAUAGAAAGAAUUACUUCAUCUUAACGAAACGAAGGUCAGGAUUUGAUUGUAACGCUAUUAUAAUUGUAUAGCGAAGCAUAAGAUACCCAUUACAAACUUAUGUUUGUAAGUAUAACAUGUUAAGUUUUGAUUUCAAAGUUAUAACAAAUAUUACUUACGCAUCGAAAACGAGAUAAAGAAACUUAACCGCAACAAUGACCCAAACGUUCGCAAUGCGUUUGCGAGAAAUCAACCAAUCGCAGUACUCCAUUUGCAAACGUAACCUGAUUGGUCAAUUAUCGUUUUUCGGAUUCGAAAUAAUUUCGUUUUUCUUAUUAAACUCUUCUAUAAAAAGAAUAAUGGAUAUGUUUCUUAUAAUAAUUUCGGUUGCUGAAUUCUUUUUGAUGUAUCGAUAUUUACAUGAUGUUUUAUAGGUAGGCGACGGCCGUAAAUGGCUGUGAUAGAAUAUGAAGAAAUAUCAAGAAACAUGAUAAAUUUAGGAACUUAAACCCAUAUUAUUAAUUUAGUCCGAUCUUUAAACCCGUUCUGGGUUAUAUGGGUCUUCUGGGUGUUUGUGUAUUAGGUAUGCUGUAACGAAGUAGUGUAAUGAGUUAUAUGAAUAAUUUGUAAUUUUAUAUAUCGCAUAGUCAGGCUAAAAUAUUUGCACGAAUAAAUGUCCUUAGAAAAUUUAUAUAAUAAACUAAAUGAGAUGUUUUAUUUAUGAUUGGGUAAAAUUACGGAGUGACCGUUUUUCGUUCAAAUAUUUUAUGGGCGAUUUAAGGGAUAUUAAUUUAUGAACAGGUAAUUAAUUAUGGUAGGUUAAGAUUUCGAAUGAAGGAAUAGAGAACGGAGAUGAAAGGGCCGCCGCUACCGAAGUUCAUCGCGUUAAGUAAAACACAUAUAUAAACUUAAAACGUUCUAUUCCUUACAGAGUUUGAUGUCCGAUUACGCUAAAGAAAAUGGAGAGCUGUCAUUGGUCGAUUUCGUAACAAUGCAUUAAACUGUUGACAGUAUUGUGAACCUAGUAUCUAGCAUUGAAAUGCGCCAUAGCGAAAUAUACAAUUCAUAUAGUAAUAAUGUGACAAUGUUAAGCAUUACAUACAUUCAAUAUAUGUAUGAAAUGAAUGUUGCCACUGCGUGAAUAUUAUUUACUUCUCUUGGAUCAUUGAAAUGAAAUCCUUGCAAUAAUUUGAAAUGGCAAUACUCACGUGAAAGCUUACAUAGUUACCUAUUUAAUGGGGAUGUAAGCAUAAAAACGUGAAUAGAAAAAAAAUGUUCUCAUUAUUCAGUGGAUUAUUACUUGAUUGAUAUGUAAAUAGUUUUAUUUUCGUUUCAUCUUAUUUUUUUAUUCCACAAAAGCAUAACUUGGUCUCUGUGAAUUUAUUUAGUUAUUUCAUACCAAAUUCACCUCUGGGAUUGACAUUUUCGUAGUAUUCUAUCGACGUACAGUCUCGAUUCAAACAAGUCCAAUCACAUAAUUACUAAUUAAUGACCUUAUCUAAACGAUAACAUAGUAAGGCAUUCGCAAUACUGAUCGUUUUAGUAAAACUGGUUUCUUUUAACUAUUUAAAUAAUGAUACACUAACGCGAUUCGGCAUUUUUGGAGGCUUAGUCUGCUUGGUAAAAAAUACUUAUGCUUCAACUAACUUCACCUUGCAACUUUAAAGAAAAACCUAGAAAUAUUGUACUAAUGUCUUUUUCAACUUAAAAAAACAGGUAGAAAAGAUGAUUUAGAAAAAUUUAAGCUUUUAAACUACACCCAAUAAUACAACAGUCGAUAUCGAUAUAGUACGAAACCACACUUUUUAUUAGGUAUUAAAUGAAUUAAAUUUAUAAAAAAUAUAUCACAGUCGGAUUCUCAGCUAGGUGAACCCAAUGAUUCUUACUGUGGUUGUUGUAUAAAGGUUGCGCAACUUUCCCUACGAUGGUAUCUCGGAGACCCGAGGGCCGCUGUGUUGGAAUUUUUAUAGCGCAUUAAUGUGACAUACUUGUUAAUAGCAGUUUACGCAAUCAGCAUGAAUUUUGUCUUCAAAACUUAGCUUUGUCUGAUUAUUGUGUCCUUUAUUUUAAUUUUGUUUAAUGCAUCAUUUCUAAGGCCAGCUUUUUAAAUACGUGAAUUGCAUUGACUAAUAUAUGUUUACUAAACAUUGGUAGUUUACAGACAACAAAUAUUAAAAAAAUAUUGAUCAGUAAAAUGUAGUUUAUGUUAAGAGAAGAUACUAGAAACAAUCUCCACAUGCGAUCGCUAUGAAAUCUUUCUAUGAAGACUUUCAGCCAAUAAAAGACAGUGACGAUGGCGAGCAAUUCACACACAUCAGAAAGACUUUCCUACCGAUGGUCGAUCUGUGUAGGACAAAAUGGAUUAUAUGUACUGAGUAGUAGAAAAAGUUUCUUGAAUAAAAAAUUAUGUAUAAAGUUUUUUUCUACAAAAAGACUUAUCAAAAUAUUUUACCUUAACUUCAGUACUUAAAUGGAUUUUAGAUGAAAAAUACAUGCUGGGCGUGACGCAAAUAUGUUAAGGAUUUCAAAUAAAUGUUACAAUAGAUGAUAUCUGGCGCAGAAACUUUGUGGACUAUAAGUUCGAACGUUCUUUUGGUGAGUCUUUGUCCAGUGAAAUCAGAUAUAUUGAUUAAAAGCAGGAUGUGACUUAUAUGCUGCCAUCUGGUGACCAAAUUUGGUGAAUUACCGAUUUCUAUGGUGGAAUACCCUCAUUUUUGGAAAUGUCCGAGUGUGAAUAUAGUUUACAAUUUUUAGCUGUAUCUAGAUUAACAAACAGGUAGGAACAUUAAGCCUUUAACAGGUUACUUGCCAAAAUGUAUACAAGUGUUUCUUUUGCUCCGAUUGAAGUUUGUAGAUAUUGUUUACUGUAUAAAAAAAACAUAUUGGACGCCUUUAAUUAAGGACCUAAAGAAUCUUAAAACAGCCCCAUACAAACUGGAAGUUGGCCAUAUCGCCAUUGUUAUCGUCGUAAUCCUAGCAUUUUUGAUUGCAACGCGCGUUUGAAAUCGAGAAGUAAGGUUACUCCUGGAUUUUAAGGCACCUCCGCCUGAAACCGGAUUAUUGAUGCACUAUUGGUUUGUCUUCAACAUUCGACCUUCUGUCGCUUUGUACGAAUAUAACGUAAAUAGAGUCGUAAAACAAUUUCUU